AUGACUAAUAUAACAGAAGAAGUAGAUAGGAUAGAAAAUGAUUUUAUAGAAUUAGAUGAAAAUGUGAAUAGUAUAGAUCCUAAUGAUACAAAUAUUACAGAACUAAAUAAUGUAAAAGAUAUUACACAAAAAAAUAAUAUAACUCAAUUAACUAAUAAUUGGCAUAGUCCUGAUGGCAAUCAACCAUGUGGUCAUAUAAUGAGUAUAGAUGGUAAUACCAGUAAUUUUAUUUAUCAUUUAACAAAACAUAAUAUAAUACAUGAUACUGUUGAGAUAUCACAAAAUAUUAAAAAUCAUAAGCUUCAAUAUAAGAUGGUUAAUAAUAAUCCUAUUAAAAAGGAUCGAUUAGAUAAAAAAUAU